AUGGAAGCAAAGGACGAAACCAAGACACUGUGGGAGGAGCUGCCCCACAAGGCCCUUGACAACGGCCCCGGCGCCUUCCAGCUCGCCGACGGCCGCAUCGCCUACCUCGCCUUCGCCAAGAAGGACGGGUUCCCGAGCGUGGACCAGCGGGCCGGCCUCACUGUGGCGCCGAACGCCGGCAGCGUGGAGGACUUUGUCCAGCGGCACGAGCAGGAGCCCACGCUGGUGCGGCAGGUGCGCAACAAGGUGCGCAAGUGCGCGGGCUGCGGCAAGCCCAACGCCUUCACCCUGCCCCACUGCAACGGCUGCGGACUCGACCUCUCCACCACCGCCAUCUCCUUCACCAACAACGUCUUCGUCGGCUUCGUCUACGGCAUCGAGAAGGGUCCAUUCCCGUUGACGGUGUCGCUGAGGUAUGAAGAUGAGGAGAGCCUGGUGUUCGACGACCUGCUGGCCCUGUCGCCGUGCCACCUGAACAGCGUGCCGACGACGGCCUACAUCCCGGACUGGCGCUACCUGCUCAAGGACCCGGUGCAGGGCCUGGCCCUGAUCGACCGCCUGUUCGGCCGCUGCUGGCAGGCCGUCGAGGAGCAGUUCUACGCCGACGAGGCCUGGCACGCCAAGAUCCUCAAGAGCGGCGUCACCCUGGCCCAGCUCAAGGACCAUGUCGUGGCCGGGUUCAACUACCCGCCCUCUCAAUACCACCUCCACAUCCAGUUCAUCGUGCCCCCCUUCCUCCCCUUCCAAUGGGCCCUCUACCUCCAGGCUCAACGCGCCGCUCGCCGAACCCGACACCAUGCCCAUCGAAGACGUCGUGUCCCAUUACAAGGGCAAGGGUGUGGACUACGACGAGGUUUUCCGUCAGUGCUACGCUCGCUAUGGAGCCAGCCACGAGGCCCUGGCCCAGUGGCAGCGACAGGACUUUGGCGGCGUGGGCGUGCUCGGCGGUGGUCCGGAGCGCGUCUAUCGCUUCACCUCCGCCGGCGACGCCCUCGAGGCCGCCACCGAAGCCGACGCCAAGGCCACGCAGGCGGCCGAUAA